UCUCUGAGUAAAGCUCCUGCAACACCUGGCUGCCAAGCCCAGGAGAGAAGGAUGAAAUUCGCUCUCCAUGCCGCGCUGUCCUUGGGGAUAUUGGUGCUCUGCCUUGCUGACCGCCCAGCCCAAAGUCCCAUCCGAUGGUGCACAAUAUCUGAUGCAGAGCAGAAGAAAUGUGUGGAACUGAAGACGAAAAUGUCCUCAACCCCUUCAUUAGACUGUGUGAAGAAAACAAUUCACCUUGACUGCAUAAAAGCCAUUGCGGAGAAUGAAGCAGAUGCCAUUAGUCUGGAUGGUGGACACAUUUUCGAAGCACACCUUGCCCCGUAUAAUCUGAAGCCUGUUGUGGCUGAGGUCUAUGGCACAGGAAAAGAUUCGAUCACCAGCUACUAUGCUGUGGCUGUGGUGAAGAAAGGAACUGGCUUCACAAUAAGGGAACUUGAAGGGAAGAAAUCCUGCCACACAGGAUUGGACAGGUCUGCUGGCUGGUUCAUUCCCAUUGGGACCCUCUUGUACCAUAAAAUCCUAUCCUGGGAUAGAGCCACUCCCAUAACCCACGCUGUGGCCCAGUUUUUCUCAGCCAGCUGCGUCCCUGGUGCCCCCGCAAAUGAACCAAAUCUGUGCCGCUUAUGCCUUGAUCCGAAAUGUUCCCGUACUGGGCCUUAUUCUGGCUAUUCUGGAGCCUUUAAGUGUCUGAAAGAUGGAGGUGGAGAUGUAGCUUUUGUCAAACACACAACUGUUCUAGAAAAUGACCCAAGUGGGAAAGACGAGUAUGAGCUGCUGUGUGAAGAUGGUUCCCGGAAGCCUGUAGAUAAGUAUCAUGAGUGUCACUGGGCCAAAGUUGCUGCUCAUGCUGUUGUGGCUCGAAGUGUUGAUGGCCGGGCUGAUGAGAUCUGGAGCUUCCUCUCUCAGGCGGAGGCAAAGUAUGGCAAGAACACAAAAGAGAGCUUCAAACUCUUCAGCUCUCCUCAUGGGAAGGAUCUGCUUUUUAAGGACUCUGCUUCCAAUUUUAAGCGUGUCCCUCGACUGAUGGAUUCCCAGUUCUACCUGGGCUACCAGUACUGGGCUGCUAUUCAGAGUCUCAGGCCAGUUUCUUCCCUAGAAACUCCUGAAGCCCCUUUGAAAAAGGUGAAGUGGUGCACAAUAAGUAAGGAUGAGAAGGCCAAGUGUGAUGAAUGGAGUGCAGUGAGCGGAGGCAGCCUGGACUGUGCGGUGGCAGAAACCACAGAGGACUGCAUUGCCAAGAUAACAAAAGGUGAUGCUGAUGCCAUAAGCUUGGAUGGAGGUUAUGUCUACACGGCUGGUAAAUGUGGUUUGGUGCCAGUCAUGGGAGAAUACUACGGGGAUGACUUUGAACGAUGCCAGAAUGAAGGAGCACCCGGAGAAACAUAUUACGCCGUGGCUGUGGUGAAGAAAUCCAACCCCAGUAUCACCUGGAAGACCCUGCGUGGUAAGAAGUCCUGUCAUACAGCUGUUGGGAGAACUGCCGGCUGGAACGUCCCCAUGGGCUUGAUUCACAGUGAAACCGGGAGCUGCGACUUUGAUAAGUUCUUCAGUGAAGGCUGUGCUCCUGGAUCUCCAGUUACCUCACCACUCUGCAAAUUGUGUGUGGGCUCAGGCAGCAGCCUCCCACCAAAUUACACGUGUGCUGCCAACAGCAAUGAGAGAUACUAUGGAUACAGCGGGGCCUUCCGGUGUCUGGUUGAGAAGGGAGACGUGGCCUUUGUUAAGCACACAAUUGUCAGUGAGAACACCGAUGGACAUAAUACUGCUGAGUGGGCAAAGGGGCUGAGAAGCGAUCAAUUCGAGUUGCUGUGCCUGGAUGGAAGUCGCGCCCGUCCUGACGAAUACAAGAAAUGCCACCUGGCUCUAGUUCCUGCCCAUGCUGUGGUCACACGUCCAGACAGAGCAGCUGCUGUCCGUCAGAUGCUGAUAAAACAACAGGCAUUGUAUGGAAGCAAUGGAUCUCAGAGAGAUAUCUUCCAGAUGUUUCAGUCUGAAACCAAGGACCUUUUAUUCAAGGAUUCCACCACGUGCCUGAUUCAACUCUCCAGCGGAAUAACUUAUGAGCAGUACCUGGGAAAAGAAUACUUUGAUUCUGUCUCUAGUCUCAAAAAGUGCUCACCAUCAGAACUCCUCCAGGUCUGCAGCUUUAAAUUCAAGAACACAGCAGCAGGCGGAUUCCUUAAUCCCACGGUGCUCCAUAUAACUGCCUGUUUAGCUGUGGAACUCAUGCACGUCACUCUGGUGGGACACGUGGCUCUCAGCGCGGGGCAGGGGAUGGCGCUGGAGGGCGACCAGCGAAGCGGGCUGCAGCCCUACCUGGACUCGCUGCGGCGGGAGCUGCGGGUGCCGGACGCGACCCUGCUCUCGGUGCUACUGGCGCUGCUGGCCGUGGCCCUGACCCUGCUGGUUUGGAAACUUAUCCAGGGCAGGAAGAGCAGCCGGAGGACGGUGCUUCUGGUAGGCCUUUGUGAUUCAGGAAAAACACUGCUGUUUGUCCGACUGUUAACAGGCACUUACCGAAACACCCAGACCUCCAUAACUGAUAGCUCUGCUGUUUACAGAGUCAGUAAUGACAAGGGCUCUAGUGUGACGCUGAUUGACCUCCCAGGCCAUGAGAGCUUGCGACUUCAGUUCUUGGAGAAGUUCAAAGCUGCAGCUAGAGCAAUCGUGUUUGUCGUGGACAGCGUAGCGUUCCAGCGGGAGGUGAAGGAUGUGGCAGAGUUCCUGUACCAGGUCCUGACUGACUGCACCGUGCUGAAAAACGCUCUGCCACUGGUGAUAGCCUGCAACAAGCAAGAUAUCACAAUGGCAAAAUCGGCCAAGCUUAUUCAGCAGCAGCUGGAGAAAGAACUCAACACCUUGCGAGUGACUCGCUCAGCUGCCCCCAGCACCUUGGACGGCUCAACCUCCAGUGGGACUGCUCAGCUGGGGAAGAAGGGCAAGGAGUUUGACUUCUCACAGCUGCCCAUGAAGGUGGAGCUGGUGGAAUGCAGCGCCAGGGGCAGCAAGGCAGAGGAAGGCAGUGCUGACAUCGAUGACUUGGAGAAAUGGCUGGCCAGGAUUGCCUGAAAGCAGAGGGGGUUAGGGGUGGACGCAGAAACUAGCAAAGGGGAAACUAAUGGUAAAGGCACUUAGCAUCUGAUAGGAAAGUACCGAUGGGAAGGGGUGGGGCCCAAAAUGUAAUCUUGUUGUGGAAAGAACUUCAGGCAUGCGCUGGCAGUAAAUCCACUGUUACCUGCACUGGGCUGGGUUUUAAUCAACCUAUGAACAUAUUUGCCACUGUGAUUUCAGUCAGUUGCAGUCCUUCCUAUUCCUAUCCCAUGCUCCCCUUCUGGGAGGCUGCCCCUAGUGCUUGAGCUGCAGAGAGUUUAGAGUGGGGUUUCGGUUGGGGUAAGGAGCCUCUGGUUGUCCCAGGCAGCCUCCAAACAGAUGGGAAGGUUAUGUUUGGAUAGCAGAAAUUAUUUCAAGAUUGGACUGUGCAGCUUCUCCUGCUUUACCUUGGCAUCUCGGCCCUCGUGCCUAUGGUCGUUACUAACCUCCCUACUCAUGGCAUCUGAUUUCUUCUCCCAUUCCUGUCCUCUGUGAUUCCGGCACAGUGAGUUUGUGAUCUUUGUGCUGCCACAGCUAAAAUGCCCAAUUGCACAUGCUACUGGGAAAUCCCUGCCUGCUACGGAAUGUACUAAAGCUGCUUUCAUGGGUGUUGGCCAGCAUCCCGCUAUUUCCCCCCUUCCCACCUCCUUUUCAAAAGGAACACACAGCCAGAUUGUCAGAUGUGCUCAGCACCCCUGUAAGCACCGAUAUGGAAGUGACCAGAUUGUCAGACAUGCAUAGUAGGUGCUGGAGGGUGCUGAGCACUUCUCAUGAUCUGGCCACUUUCAUCUGGAUGCCUAAGUGGGUGCUGAACUCUUGGAAAAUCUGGCCCGGAUAGUAAAGGUGGUUGAUGAUCAUUGUGUAAAUGGGGGCUGCUGUUCUGUUUGGCUCUGGCCCAGUCUUUGGUGCUGAUUCACUUCUGCAGAGUGCACAGUGCUAAGAAAACUCAUGCGUUCCUGUACAUGACUUCUCAGUGGUGUACCGUUCUAUAAUGUGAUCUUCAUAAAUGCACACAAUAGUAUUUGUAACACAAAUGGUCGGUCGAGGUUAAACUUCUGGGAGGCCUGUAUGCCUGGGUCUGAAUAUAACCCAGUUCUCCUUCCCCCGUGGGGCUCCAGCCUGAGUGCUGGAUUCAGCUCUCUUCACGUAGACAUGCCCCAGUUUCGGCUCCGUUUUUUCUUGAGACAGAACAGCAGCUUGCUGGUGCUCAGGUUGUGCUCUGGAGCCACCUGUGCCUUUAGCAUCAGGAGUGCAGCACCCAUACUGAGGGAACGGAAACCAGAGCAAUUGGAGGUGAACCUGACUAGCUAGAUGGUGUGUCUCAUAUAGAGCCUUGGCUGCCUAUCUUAUGUGAUGGUGCUAAUCUCCUGAUGAAAUCCUGGCUCCUUUUGAAGUCAGUGGGAGCAUUGCCAUUGACUUCAUUGGCCAGGAGUUCACCCUUGAUCUUUAACUGGGGCAGGGUCUAGAAUUGCAGCAGUCUCGCACAACAAAUAUGUAUUAAAACCCCAUUCAGGUGCGUGUUUCGCCUGUGUUUUUGUCUCCCAGUCUUUCGGUUAGGCCCUCUUCUUGCAAACAUGCCCGAGUGGGCUCACUCAGUUCAGCACAUUAGUAAGAGGUUUGAAGAACAGAACUGUCCCUAUGUGGGAUCUACAUGCGCCUCUGACUCAGUGAUGUCGUAAGCAGAGUUUGACAUCAGGAUUGUCCUAGAAUGAAUUAUGUUGUCACUUCAGUUGGACAAGGCCAUAAAAAGAGAGGUAGGGGUUGACUUUUAAAGGCGUUUUUUCUUGUUUACACAUAGACAGUGAUUGUCAUAGGAGCCAGGAAUAGCUGCACAGAGGGCCUAAGAAGAUCAGUUUACUGACCUGAGUGGGAGCAGUCAUUCCAGUUUAGGUGUUUCUGAUGAAGGUUCUUGAUGACAAAGGGGAAAGCAUUGAAAGUUUCCCAGUACUUGUUACAUGUUUGUCCCCUGUAAUGUUUAAAGCCAAGGGAUCUGUUGUGGUUCCCAGAUGCGGUGCCCUGUUGUGUGUUACAUGUAUUAUGCUUAAUUUUGCGAAGGAACAAUUCUGUAGCAGUCUGCUUCUUCCUGCGGAUGUACUCAGACCAUUGGGGUCUGGUCCAGGACCUGUCGGAGUCUUACUUUAGCACAUGUUGGAUCUGGUCUAAGAGCUCUUUCCAAAGGUGGAAAGAGUGAACUGGCUGACCUUGGGAGUGAUUCCGCAAACAAGCCAGCAGGGUGGUAGCAGCAGAAGGGGAUGGGGGAGGAAGUGGUGGUUUUAAUGGGCUGGCUGAGGAGAUAACACAUCCUCUUGGUGACCUUUUCCAACAGUUUCCUUCACUCCCAGUGGGGGCUCUGGCAGUGAGCAUUGUCUGUCUGUGCCUCCAGUGGAGUCUUCCAGCGGAGCUCACUGGGGGAAUCCUUUGUAAUGCUGGACUGUUGAUCCUGCCUCUGCUUCCUUAAUAGGAAUCUUCUCUGCAAAGAGGUGUUCACUGACCGGAGGCCACCUGCUGCUUUUUUAUCUCCCAGGCAAUAAGCUUGUGGUCUGCUGAUUUAUUUCCUCCACACUGUAUCUGCUGAAGAGAGCAGCUGCUGGUACCCAGGAAAUGCCGUUGCUGCGUUUUGUUUUUUUUUGUGGCCGGAUUUGGCAUUAUCUAUAACCCAGCCGCUCUCUUGGUCUAGAGGGUGGGAGGGAGGUGGUGUCUGGUCCUCUUCUUGGCUAUGUUGGUAAGAAUUCAGUAUUUGAACUUUGCUCCUGGUAAAUCUUGUUCCCUCCCCUCCUUUCAGCCUGAUGUUCUCUGUGGGCCCCUUCUUGCCAUGUCAAGCAAUAUACCACAGCAUAUCUUCUAUCAAAGGUUACGUUCUGUAUCCACAUAUUCUUCUCUCUGACAUCUGUACUCUCUGCUCUCCUUAGCACUAAUGGGUGUAUAAAGCUAUGCAGCAAGAGCAGAUCGACUUGUGCUACUCCCAUCAAUUGGAGCAAGGUGUUUGUUUGCAAACAGCAUCUUUUCUUGAAGAGAAGUGAAUGUCUGAGCUGGGCUUUGCAUCCAAAACUGCCAAACCUGCGGGACUAGAGGAAUCCUCUCUUAAAACUGUGUGACCAGCCCUGUUCACUGCAGCAGCAGUUGGGAGGAUUAAAUAUACUGCUAACACUUGGUGUAAGUGGAGGAGUGAGGGGGUGGCAUGCUGAACUACCCCUCCUUUGCUUCCCCCUCCACCCUCCCGAGCCCAAACACCCCCUACCCCUUCCCACGGCUCCCUCUUUGAGUUGGGAAUGCUAAGACAGUAUACUUUCCAAUGCCUCUUUGGGAGACAGGUCCUUCCCAGGUUGCUCUGAUUUUAAAACCUGUCCCUGGGCCUAGAGAGAAGCGAAGCUGGAUGCUCAUGUCACAAGCCCAAAGGCUCACAAAAGAUUUUUGUGUUAAGUAUGUUGUGCUCUUCAAUUUCCAAGCAUAAACUUUUCAGCAGCAGAAUGUUGCUAGAGGUACUGGUCACCAGUCACAUUUUGAAUUUAGUUAGCUAGGGCAAGGGUCUGAUUGGUCAGUCUGUACCUGCAAUGCUGAAGCAAGGAAUGAAGAACUUAUGCUUUUUUUCCCCUUUGCUACUAGCAGCCUUCCUCUUGGGAAGCCCCAGGACCUAGGAGCCUGUGUUUGCUUUUAAAUUUAUUCUCGGUAAAUGUGGUCACUUAAAUAAAGAAGUUUGGCUCUA